AUGGGGAAAAUGUAUGUGGGGAAGUUGAUAUUUCGCUAUUCUAGAAAUAGGAAUUUCCAGAAAGUGACACCCAAGAUUUCUCCCUACCGCCUUUUAAGCAGGAAAGUUUAUUCCAAGUGCUUCGAAGAGGAAAAGCCAGUUUCUAAAGUUAUUUGUAGUCGGGAAUCUGCUUUUGUACACGCCAUCUCCUCCGCUGGAGUUGUUUUUGCCAUCACCAGGGCAUGCAGCCAAGGGGAGCUGAAAUCCUGCUCCUGCGAUCCCAAGAAGAAAGGCUCUGCCAAGGACACCAAGGGCCACUUCGACUGGGGUGGCUGCAGCGAUAACAUUGACUACGGCGUUAAAUUUGCCAGAGCCUUCGUGGACGCCAAGGAACGGAAAGGAAAAGACGCGAGAGCGCUGAUGAACCUUCACAACAACAGAGCUGGAAGGAAGGCCGUGAAGCGGUUUCUGAAACAGGAGUGCAAAUGUCACGGCGUGAGUGGAUCGUGCACCCUGAGGACCUGUUGGCUGGCCAUGGCAGACUUUCGGAGAACGGGAGAUUAUCUGUGGAAGAAAUACAACGGAGCAAUUCAGGUGGUCAUGAAUCAAGAUGGCACGGGUUUCACCGUGGCUAAUAAGAGGUUUAAGAAGCCAACUAAGAAUGACCUGGUAUACUUCGAAAGCUCUCCAGACUACUGUAUCAGGGACAGGGAUGUAGGGUCCCUCGGGACAGCCGGUCGGGUUUGUAACCAAACCUCCCGCGGCAUGGACAGCUGCGAAGUGAUGUGCUGCGGGAGAGGCUACGACACCUCCCGCGUCAGCAGAAUGACAAAAUGCGAGUGCAAAUUCCACUGGUGUUGUGCUGUGCGCUGCCAGGACUGCCUAGAAGUGGUAGAUAUUCACACCUGCAAAGCGCCGAAGAGCGCUGGCUGGAUCUCCCGGACUUGA